AUGGGAUGUAGACGAGCACCAUCAAAACAGAGACAUAAAUUCACCAAAGAAGAACUGAGGAAACUUAAACAAGAAUUUGAGUCAGCCCCUUAUCCAAAUUUCUCGACCAAGAAUGGGCUGGCACAGGAUUUCCAAUGUGGACUGGACGUGAUUGUUAACUGGUUUCAGAAUAAAAGAUCCAGAUCACCACCAGAAUUGAAAGACAAAUUUCUUGCCAUGAGAAGAAUGAUGAGCAAGUGCCCAGGCUACGUGCUUACCAAUCAUCAGGAUACCCCGACCGAGGAAGCUUCUGGUGAACAGUAUGGCUUAUGUGACUCUGUGGUCCAAAGCAUUGGAACGAGAUCAAGUGAUGAGUAUCAAGGGGCCACUGGAAGUGGAUCUUCUUUCUACUUCAGACCAAUGGACUUUACUCUUCCCCCUGGGUCUGAGCAGUAUUAUGUUGGUGACCACCCUGAGACACCGGAAAGCCAAUAUUCCACAUUCUCUCUUGCUCAAAAUGUUCCUUGUUUGCAGGGGCAAGGGCAGAUGGAUUGUAACUAUACCCCAAUGCUGUCCUGGGAAGGACAGCCCCAGAAUGACUGGGGAUAUCAGCAACAACUGCAGCAGCCUCAGAGCUACCAAGAGAGGGUCUCCGCAGACUGGCUUGGCAUGCACCAGAGCCAUAGAGAUUUAGGGCAGCAGGUGUCCUCCUCCUUUCCCUUAGAGCAUCAGGAUCAAUUUGAUCCAAGUAAUGGAGACUGA